GAAGGAAGUCGAAUUCUGACAAGAACAUCAGACGGUGAAUAUCUUCCUGGAAAGGUGGCUAAUUCAGAAGGACUAAAAUUUUUAGUCACACUGGACAACGGAGGUCAAAUCGAGUGCAGCUAUGAAGACAGGACUGUAGUUGUACCAGACUCCACUCCAGCGUGGGUCACUUUAGGUGAUCACGUGAUUGCAUUGUCACCAUUGAUGAAUGAGAGCCAGAAAUAUCUUACUGGCUUUGUGACAAGGAUUUUUUGUCCACAUGAAAAGGAGUUGUAUGAGGUUACUUUGGAUAAUAAUCAUCGUGGGAAUUACACGCUUCCACAUUUACGAAAGCUUCCAUUUUGCCGAUCAGCUCAUGAAGGUAUUUACUCAAUGAGCUUAUAGCUUGCGAUCACGCCUUCCCUUAAAAAAAAGAAAGCCUGAUCGUACUUUGUGAGUUUACGGCUAGUAAACAUUUCCUGAAUUCCUAAGAACUAAGUCACCGAGGCUUCGGGCGACAAAAAGCAGAAAAAGCAGAAAUUGUGUGAAAUUGUUUCCUCAAGCCUCGAACUUGUUUUGAUUGCGAGAAAGUUUUAUCAGAUAACAUUUUAACACUAAAUAUCAAGGAUUGCAAACACGUUUCUGGUUUUUCCCAAUUCUUUACCUUCAUUUGUAAAACUACGAUAAACUGACUUUAAUUAUUUGAAGGAAGAUCAUCGCAGAUACGUUUGAGAUGAUCUUCCUUCAAAUAAUUCUUCACUCCGCAGUUCACAUAUAUGAUUUUUAUAUGUUCAUAAACUGACUUUAGUUUAAAGAUGAAGUGUCCGGAUCCGUUAUUGUGAAAUUUAUAAAUAAUAAUUAAUAAUAGUUUGGGAGUAAAACGGUACGUCUUUUUAGGAUCGACUUCAACAUUUUUUCACCUAGAGUGUCGACAAAACUUGCGUUCAUCUCUGUUUUGGUUUGUGAGCAUUGUGGUAAAGGGAGAGCAAGUCAAAAAUGUUACACACUUAUUUUCCCGCUUGUCCUGUCACCAACUAAACUUCAGUGCGGAUCUUUUCGACUCAAGCAGGCAAAGUGAUUUAGUAUGGCGUCCACACCAGAGAAAAAAGAUACGUUUUCGAAUGAAAUUAAACCCCAUGCCAUCCGACGCAACUUUGCUGGCCAUCAACUCCCAAAAUUUUUGCAUGUUACAUGUGGCGUCCGUUUGCACACCCUGUUGCAUGUUGUUGCGUGUUGUUGGGAGUUGUUGCGCAAAGUUUGAAACCAUUCACACCUUUUAGCCAACAACUCCCAACAUUUCUUUUGUUCUGUGAUCCCAGAAGCGUAGGGCAGCAAUGAUAAAUCCGUUUGCACAGCUCUACCAACAUUGUUAGGGCCACGCAGGCGCAUUAUGCAUGGCUUACAAAGUCUAUGGGUUGUUUCCGUCCCACGAUGCAUACAAUUCCCAACAUCAUUGGGAGUUUUUACGUUCGUUUGCAUGUAGCUCAGUAGAAAAUGACUGUUUACUUAAACUUUAUCGACGAAUUUACAUCAAUUUUCUUAUUUUAGUCGGCGCCCGUGUUUUUGCUCGCUGGAAAGACAACCUUUACUACCGUGGUUUUGUGAAGCAACAAAUUCACUAUGGUGAGAGACUCUACAUAGACGUGGAACUGGAUCAUUUAGGCCCCAUUUCACACCAAGCCAGCGACGAAAGAGCCAUUAUCCUUGACAUCAUUCCUUCAUACAGUCAUGUGCAUGCAACUCAGCGUGUAAUUGGCCAUUUUCCCGGUGAUGCAAGCUACAUUCCAGGGGUGGUGGUGAGACGGAAUGAAGACUGCUGGCAAGGAACUUAUCACGUGCAGUUUGACACCGGGGAAGGACGUCAACUAGAUUUUAAUGAAAUUCGAAUUCUUCCACCGUAUGUUCAGUUAGUUUUCUAG